AUGUUCAAACAACUAAGUUCAGGCUCAUUGAGACUAACAGGACUCAGAUCACCAUUGAUUGCACCAAUCAAUUUGAUAACCAAACCAAACAUAAUAAAAUCAAUACCAUUAAAACCACUAAUACUUACCCCAUUACUUCAUAGACCAACUUUCAUCAACACUUUCAAAAACUAUUCAACAGCAACAAGAACACCACCUCCACAACCGCCAAAAGAUAAAAACAUUAAAGGUAAACAAAUUUUAAACAGAAUUUCAAGAGCUUUUACAUUUUCAUUAUCAACAGUUAUAGUGAUAUUAGCUUCUGGAGUUGCAAUUUUAGUGGUCUACCUCAUAUUAUCUGAAUUAUUAUUACCAUCAGGAGACACAAGAACUUUCAACAAAGCAGUGAAUAUAAUAGAGAACUCACCAAAAGCACAAUCCUUGUUAGGUUUCCCACAAGGUGAAAGAUUAAAAGCUUAUGGAAUAGUAGCAGCAGAUAAAUGGAUUCGUAAUAGAUCAGUACAAAGUAUGAAAAGAAAAUCAACAGUUGAUGAUAAAGAUCAUUUAUUUAUGAAAUUCCAAGUUGAAACUUCUAAUGGAAAAUAUGGUGUUGUCAGUUUAGAACAAUUGGAUUAUACUUUAUUUAAAACUAAAUUUGAAUAUAUUGCAUUAGAUGUACCUGGUGAAGCUAGAGUUUAUAUUGUUGAACCGGAGGGAUUAUUAAGAAAGCAAUUGAUGGGGUCGACUAAUUUGAGAAGUGGGUCUGGAUUCUUGGGGUUGAAUUGGGGACCAAAAAAGGAUUAA